AUGGAAUUAAAUAUUCAAUUAAUAAGCCUUAUUAGCUUAGCUUUAGGCAUAGCUAAUAUUGCUAUUACUGCUUCAAAUAGUAGUAAUAAAACUGUAAUAAUCGGACAUAAUUGCUCAAGAAAUGAAUUUAAAUGCUCAAUUGAUAAUAAAUGUAUUCCACUGCUGAAAGUGCAGGAUGGUACCAUGGAUUGCAUCGAUGGUUCAGAUGAAGAAUGUCUUCCAUGGCAAUUUGAUUGUCAUUUUGGUAUUCCACGAUGCAUUUCACAGUUCAAAGUUAACGAUGGUGCAAUCGAUUGCAUUUCUGGAUUCGAUGAAGGUUGUCCACCACAUAAUUUCGUUUGUGCUGAUAAAAGCGCAUGCAUUGAUUUUUCAAAAUAUCAGGAUGGUAUAGCACAUUGUAAGGACAAAUCGGAUGAACCAUGUCCAGCUGGUGAUUUUUUAUGCAACGAUCAUUCGCAGUGUAUUGAUGGAAAACGUUUUCAGGAUGGCUUUUCUGAUUGUAAAGAUGGUUCAGAUGAAGAAUGUACAGUUACUCAAUUUGAAUGUAGUUGUGGAUCAAUUCGAUGCAUAGAUGCUGAAAUGCUAAAAGAUGGUAAAAAAGAUUGCGAAGAUGGCUCCGAUGAAAUUGGCCCAUCAGCGCAAAAGUUUUGCGCAAAUGGUAAAUUAGUUCGACAAAAUAGAGCUAAAAAUCGUACCGUACAAUAUCCAACAUAUAGCGCAAUUGCAAAAUGUCCUGAUCCAUCGAUUUGUAAUGAUCAAUUGGGAGAAAUAUGCAUUAUGGUUGGUGGUGCAACACAUUGUGUUUGUAAAAAAGGAACCAUUCGACCGCAAGGUUCACCGCGGUGUGUAUUGGAACCUUUACUUCAACAAUACCUUAAUAAUAUUAUUGGUAAUUGCACCGAAAUUCAGAAAGAUUUAAUCGAAGUUUAUGGCGAGAAAAUAAGCUUUUCAAAUGAUUCACCUCGUCUAACUUAUGCUCGUAAAGAAACGGAAUGUAAUCCAAAGUCAAAAAUACCAUGCAAAGGUUAUGGUGAGAUAUGUCUGCCAGAUUUAUCUGGUCGUCAUCGUUGCACAUGCGCAAACAAUGGUACUCGUAUGGAUAGCAUUUGCUUAGUAAAUGAGUGUAUGAGCCCAGAAUUAAAUGAUUGCGAUCCAAAUGCAUCCUGCAUGGAUAGCAUACUAUCAUAUGAAUGUUUCUGCAACGAAGGAUUCAUCGAUACUUCAAUUUCACCAAAAACACGACCUGGCAUUAAAUGCGCAAAAUUGGUGGAUGAAUGUGCAUCAAAAGCUGCAAAUCAAUGUGAUGAAAAUGCGGAUUGUAUUGAUAAGCCGAUCGGUUACACAUGUCGUUGUCGUAAUGGCUACGUUGAUAUUUCGGAAGGUGGCGCAAGAAAUCCGGGGCGGAAAUGUCAUAAAUUAAUGGAUGAAUGUCAAAUGGGUUUAGCUGAUUGUGAUCCAAAAGCAAUUUGCAUAGAUAUGACAUACAGUUAUACAUGCAAAUGUCCACAUGGUUUUGCAGACAAGUCAGCAGAUCCGAUUAAUAAGCCUGGUCGAAUUUGUUCCAAAUUGAUCAAUUCAUGUGAUUCACCGAACUUUACGGGAUGUCAAUCGAAAGAAUCGAAAUGUAUUGGUACAAAAGAUGGUUUCGUAUGCCGUUGCAUCGAUGGCUAUAUCGAUCUAAAUCCGGCAAAUCCGGGAACAAAUUGUUCUAAAGCAGUAUCGGAUCCGUGUCAGGAUGAUUCAUUACAUGAUUGUGAUCCGGUAGCAGAAUGUUACAGCGAACAACCGGGUUAUUUUCAGUGCCGUUGUCCGAAUGGUUUUGCUGAUGUCUCAACCGAUCAACGUUUUCCUGGAAGGAAAUGCAAAAAAAUAAUCAAUGAAUGUGUCCUUGGUACCCAUGAAUGUGAUGAAAAUGCAAAAUGUGAGGACACUUUGGAUGGUUACAAUUGUCAAUGUAAGCCAGGUUGGACUGAUAAUAGUCCAAAUCAAGAAAAUGCACCUGGGCGUAGUUGUAAGAAAGCAAAUAUAUGUGCCAGUAUUCAAUGUGCCAAAGAAGCGGAAUGUCGUGAAACUGAACUUGGACCAAUUUGUGAAUGUUUCUCGGGUUAUGUUGACAUUUCUCGACAACAUGGCAUGGCUGCAGGACAUGUCUGUCGAAAGGUAGUAAACGAAUGCGCAACUGGUAAACAUGAUUGCUCAUCUUCCGCAACCUGUAUUGAUACAGCUGAUUUGUUUACCUGUCGAUGUCGAGAUGGAUUUCGAGAUGAAAGUCCAGAUGUUGUAAAUCGUCCUGGACGUGUUUGUGUUAGAGCAUUUAUUCCGGAACCACCGGAAUGCGAUGUUAAUGAUCCGAUGAGUUGUGAUGCAAAAAAGAAAGAAGUAUGCUUAUUUGUUAAUGGUACAUACAAAUGUCAAUGUGCAACCGGAUAUGAUCGUUUACCGGAUGGUCGAUGUCUAGUAAUUAAUGAAUGUGAUGAUCAACGUCUUAAUGAUUGCGCUUCAAAUGCUGAUUGCAUUGAUCAGGCUGAUGGUUAUACUUGUCAAUGCAAAAGUGGUUUUGCGGAUAUAUCGCCAUCAGGUACACCAGGGCGCAUUUGUCGUACACGUGUAAAUGAAUGCGCUGAACCACAGAAAUAUCAUGUUGAUUGUGAUUCUAAUGCUGUAUGUGUUGAUACAGAUGAAGAGUAUACAUGCAGUUGUCGUCCUGGUUUUGCUGAUAUAUCUAGUUCAUUUGAACGUUUACCUGGUCGUCGUUGUGUUGAAGCAAUAAAUGAAUGCUUGAAUCCAUCAAUGAAUGAUUGUUCAGAGAAUGCUAUUUGUGAGGAUGCUAAAGAAGGGUAUAUUUGUACAUGUUUACAAGGUUUUGUUGAUGCAUCGCCCAAUAUUACCCAUUAUCCAGGUCGGGUAUGUCAUAAGCCUAAGCAAGAAAAACUUCAUGACAAUGGUACCACAAAAGGUUCCAUAAUUACAUGCAAUCCUGAUAAACCAAAAUGUGGUACCAAUGAAGUAUGCACUGAUCGUAAAGCACGUGGAAAAUUUGUUUGUGAUUGCGCUGAAAAUGCAUUCAGAUUUACGGAUAAUACAUGUCGUUUCUAUGCUGCAUGUAUUGGUGUAAAUGAUUGCGAUCAGAAUGCAGUUUGUGCUAAUGCAUUUGAUUCUUACAUAUGUCAAUGUCGUCCUGGAUUUAUUGAUAUUUCACCGGAUCCGGAAGGAAAGCCAGGCCGAAUAUGUAAAGAAUUAAUUAAUGAAUGUGCUACGGGAAUUCAUAAUUGUUCAUCGUAUGCGACAUGUAUUGAUGCAACUGAUGGUUAUAUGUGUAUUUGUAAUGAUGGCUUUGUGGAUACCUCAUCACAAUUUCAACUUGCACCUGGACGUCGUUGUAGUAAUGCCAGUAAUGAAUGUGUUGAUCAAACGUUGAAUACCUGUGAUGAAAAUGCAGAUUGUAUUGAUACACCUGAUUCGUAUACAUGUCAAUGCUAUGCCGGAUUUGUAGAUGUUUCAUCCAGUGCUAAUUUACAACCUGGUCGAGUAUGUACGGUACAAACAACCUGUCCAAAACAAAAAACUGAUCUCAUGUUUCUCAUUGAUGGUUCCGGUUCAAUUGGCUCUUAUGUUUUCAAAAAUGAAGUGCUACGAUUUAUUAAAGAAUUUGUGGAAUUAUUUGAUAUUGGUUUGGAUAAUACACGUGUUGGUUUGAUCCAAUAUUCUGAUCAAAUUCGGCAUGAAUUUGACUUAAGCCAAUAUACUGAUAAAGCAUCUGUUAUCAGUGCAAUAUCACAAGUUCAGUAUUUAACAGGUCUUACAAGGACUGGUGCUGCAAUUCAGCAUAUGGUAAUGGAAGGUUUCUCAGAGCGACGUGGUGCUCGUAAGGAAGGUGAUGACGUUGCACGUGUGAGCAUUGUUAUUACUGAUGGUCGUAGUCAAGAUAAUGUUACAGAACCUGCUAUAAACGCUCGUAAAUCGCAUAUUAAUAUGUUUUCGGUUGGCGUGACAGAUCACGUUCUGGGACCGGAAUUAGAAGCUAUAGCAGGCUCACCGUUACGAUGGUUUCAUGUUGAUAAGUUCAAGGAUUUAGAUACACGACUACGUUCAUUAAUUCAGAAAGCAGCUUGUCCGUCACCGGAACCAAAGCCACGUCCACCUGGUGGAUGCAAUCCAUCAACGCAAACUGGUUGUGAUCGUACACUGAAUGAAGUUUGUGUACAGGGUAAUAGUUCUGCACAAUGUGUUUGUCCAGAAGGAUUUCAACGGCAUCCAAGUACUCGACGUUGUGGUGGUAAUCAAUGUAAUCCGGAUUUGCCUACAUCAUGUCCACAUCCGGAAAUAUGUGUGAUUGCACCAUUUUCAAAUUAUCUUUGCGUUUGUCCAAAAGGCUAUUUGCGUGAUCAACGAUCUGGAAUUUGCUUAGCUAAUAAUACACACAAAAUUGAUGGGAAACAACAAAAUGAACCAACCAUAUUGUCAUCGCAUGAUGCUGACUGUCAUAAUGGUGGUGUACGAUGUGGCACAAAUGAAGAAUGCGUACGUGUUGCCACUCAUGAUUUUCACUGUGAAUGUAUCACUGGAUAUGAGCGUAACUUAUAUACGGGUCAAUGUUCUGUGCCAGGUUCUUGUGAUCCAACCUUACCGAAUCCUUGUGACGUUCGUAAACGUGAAAGAUGUAUGCCACAUUCUAGCGGACGUUAUCAUAUAUGUCAGUGUGCUAAAGGUGAAAAGCGACAUCAUGUUACCGGAAUUUGCUUGCAAGAUGAGUGUGCAUCGGGUGCUAAUGAUUGUGACAGAAAUGCUCGUUGCAUUGAUACGGAUGAUGGAUACUUAUGUGCUUGCCGGAAUGGUUAUCUGGAUCAGAGUUCCGAUUUAGUUAAUAAACCGGGACGGAUUUGUGUAGCUGAACGAGAUGAAUGCAAAGAUGGUACACAUAAAUGUUCACCAAAUGCUAUUUGUACGGAUACGGUACAGGGAUAUGUAUGUCGUUGUAAGCAAGGAUUUAUUGAUUUCUCACCAAAUCCUCAAAGCUUUGGUGGUAUUAUUUGUAAAGAAGUUGUAAAUGAAUGUCAAAAUCCAUCACUGAAUACAUGUCAUAAGAAUGCAAUCUGCAUUGAUACAGCUGAUUCAUAUAAAUGCAUCUGCAAAACAGGUUACACUGAUUUGGAUGAACUUCGAAAUCCUGGACGAAAUUGUCAAAAAGAAAGGCAUAACGAUCGAUGUAGACAAGGUAACAAUGAUUGUGAUCGAAAUGCUCGAUGCAUUGAACAUGAUGGUAAUGAUUAUGUUUGUGCUUGUACAGCAGGUUAUCGUGAUAAGAGUCCGGAUCCGAAUCGACCGGGACGAGUGUGCAUUCCUUUAAUUCCUGAAUGUGAUAAUCCAACACUAAAUGAUUGUGAUUCACCGGAUCGUGCUAUUUGCACUGAUACUGACGAAGGUUAUUUAUGCCGAUGUCGACAAGGUUUUCUGGAUAUUUCACCAAAUAUUACUUCUAAACCUGGACGUCUUUGCAAACCAUUAGAAAAUGAAUGCGCUAAGAAAGUGGAUGAUUGCGCCCAAGAUGGUGGAAUUUGUGAGGAUACGCCAGAUUCAUAUACCUGUCGUUGCGCAAUUAAUUAUUUAGAUGUAUCAUUCGAUCGUCAAAAUCGCCCAGGCCGAAAAUGCAAACGACUUGUUGAUGAAUGCCAAACCGGACAGAAUGAUUGCUCUCCUGAAGCAGUAUGUACAGAUACAGAAGAUUCAUAUGAAUGUGCUUGUCCAACUGGUUAUAUUGAUGUAUCACCGGAUACUGCUCGAAAACCCGGAAGACGUUGCUUACUGAGAAUUAAUGAAUGUAAAGCAAAUCGUCAUGAUUGCUCACCGAAUGCAGAUUGUAUUGAUACAGCCGAAUCAUUUAUGUGUAAAUGUCGAGAUGACUUUGUGGAUGAAUCACCGGAUGUUACAAAUCGUCCGGGACGAUUAUGUCGACCGGCUUUAAUUGAUGAAUGUCGCCUUGGGAAGCAUGACUGUCACGAGAAUGCUAUAUGUCAAGAUUUAACACAAAGUUAUACCUGUCAUUGCAAACCUGAAUUUAUUGAUCAGAGUCCAAAUCGGGUUGCAUUACCUGGACGAUUGUGCAUACCGAGACCAACUCCGCCACCGGCAGAAUGUCGUAUUGAUGCAAGUGCAUCAUCCUGUAAACAGGAACUAAAUGAAGUUUGUCGCUUAAUCAAUGGUCAACCAAAAUGCGCCUGUCCAAUAAACUAUAGUCGUGACAAAGUAAAGAAUUCCUGCACUGUUAUAAACGAAUGUGACUUCCCUCAACUGAACGACUGUCACCCGAGCGCAGAUUGUAUUGAUGAACCAACCUCAUACACGUGUCGUUGUAAACAAGGUUUCAAGGAUAUAUCAUCCAGUGAUAAGCCAGGACGUAUCUGUCAACCACAUAUUGAUGAAUGUAAACUACCACAUCUUAAUGAUUGUCAUCAGAAUGCGGUAUGUAUCGAUAAAGAAGAUGGUUAUGAGUGUAAAUGUAAUCAUGGUUAUAUGGACCGGAAACCGGAACGACCGGGUAGAUUGUGUAAGAAAAUGAUCGAUGAAUGUGCAAGAACAGAACUUAACAGCUGUGAUAAAAAUGCAAAUUGUAUCGAUGAAGAAGAUGGCUAUCGUUGUGAGUGUAAGAAUGGAUUUUUGGAUGUGUCACCGUCACCAACAUUCCGUGGUCGUGCAUGUCGUGCACUCAUUAAUGAAUGCUCUGAUCCUAAAUUAAACGAUUGUGAUAAGACGGCAAAAUGCACUGAUACCACUGAUUCUUAUCAAUGUGAAUGUCCACCAGAUUCAAAAGAUAUCUCUCCAAAUCCGGCAUUUCCCGGUCGUGUAUGUCUUGUUUUUGAAAAUGAAUGUUUGACGGGUAAACAUGAUUGUGAUCCGAAUGCAAUUUGUCGUGAUAAUGAGCAAUCAUUUACAUGCGAAUGUGCUCAUGGAUUUACUGAUCGAUCACCAAAUCGUCUCAAUCGACCGGGACGUGUCUGUGUGGAGCUGAUAGAUGAAUGUACAAGUGGUAGGCAUACGUGUAGUGCUCAAGCGGAAUGUCGUGAUUUAGAGGAAGGUUAUACCUGUGAAUGUAAAGAUGGAUUUAUUGAUCGAUCACCUAAUUUACUUACACAACCAGGACGAGUAUGUGGUACACCAGAAGUUUGUCCAUCAAAUCAUGAAUGUAGUUCAGCAGCUGUAUGUGAACCUCUUGGUGGUAAUAAAUAUGAAUGUACCUGUAUUCAAGGUUAUGUAGAUCAAUCACCGUCCGAUAAAAAAGGACGUAUUUGUGUUCGAAAUAGUGCAUGUCGAGAUCCACGUUUGAAUAAUUGUUCACGUAAUGCUAUUUGUUAUGAUGAGCCAAAAGGUUAUCGUUGUGAAUGCGCACAUGGAUUUGUUGAUCGUUCAGCUGAUGGAACACAAAAUGGAUAUGUUUGUGAACCACCUGCACCAGUUACACCACCACCAAAGCAUCCAUGCCAAGAUCCACUUCUGAAUGAUUGUCAUCCGGCUGGAACAUGUCGUGCAACAGGAAAGCAAACAUAUACUUGUGAAUGCUUACAAGGUUAUGUAGAUCGUUCACCGGAUACUCGUAAUAAGCCAGGCCGUAUUUGCAUUCUUACUGAACCGAUUUGUUUGGAUGCAAAUCAGAAUGAUUGCCAUCCGGCUGCUAUUUGUAGUGAAACACAAAAUGAUGAAAAGUAUACAUGUCGUUGUCGGGAUGGUUACAUUGAUCAAUCACCGGAUAAAAUUAAUCGACCGGGACGAAUUUGUGUUGAACAAAUAAAUGAAUGUUUGGAUCGUUCAUUAAAUGACUGUCAUCCAUUGGCUAUUUGUCAAGAUUUACCGGAUGGUUAUACAUGUCGUUGUCCACUUAAUUCCGUUGACCAAUCACCAAAUCCAAGUAGACCUGGCCGUAAAUGCUUUCAACAAAUAAAUGAAUGCCGUAAUCCAUCAUUAAAUAAUUGUUCACGUUUCGCAGAUUGCAUUGAUAAGCAAAAUGGUUAUGAAUGUCACUGUCGUGAUGGUUAUCAUGAUGGUAAUCCAAAACAUCCUGGUACCACAUGUAUUUACAUUAUCAAUGAAUGUGAAUCAGCAAAUUUGAAUGAUUGUGAUCGUCAUGCGGAAUGCAUUGAUCUGGAAGGUGGUUACGAAUGUCGUUGUAAAAAACCGUAUCAUGAUGAGUCACCAUCAGGACAACCUGGACGAAUAUGUCGCUUUAAUGAAUGCUCAGUCUCGACCGAUAAUACAUGUGAUAAGAAAUUUGCUGUUUGUGAAGAUUUAGAUGAUGGAUACACGUGUCAUUGUAAAGCUGGAUAUUAUGAUAAUUCACCGAAUACACAGGAACCGGGCAGAGUUUGCAUUGAAUUUCAAAAAGAAAAAAUUACAACAAUUUUACCACAAGAUGCACCACGUAUUGAUGGAAUCUUAUGUGGACGUAACAAUUACUGCGCAAUAAAACGUAAUGAAGUUUGCGUUGGUGGUGUUAAAUGUAUGUGUCGACCAGGUGACGCACGUGCGACAAUAAAUGAUCGUUGUGAAACUGUCGAGCGUAUACCAUUUUCAAUUCGUAUUCUUAAUAAAGAUACUACAACAUUAUCAUAUAGUUCGGAAUAUGGUAGUAGCGAUAGUGCACCAUACGUUGAGAUAACGCAUUUAUUCUCGAAAGAUAUUGGUCGUGCGAUGAGUAGUACCACGUAUGGGACACGUUACGUAACCACGGAUGUUAAUUAUAUUACACAUCCAAAAACUGUUAAUAGCUCUUGGCCAGAUGGCUUACUGUUUAACUUUUCGGUGGCACUUCUUCCAAGUGGAACACCAACUGAUAUUUGCAAUUUGUGGGAUCAGUUAGCAAAAUCAAUUCAACGAACAAAUGGUGCCAUUGGUGGUGGACCACUUCGUGUAGCAUCUGAUUAUGAUCAAUUAAAUCCAUGCAGACCAAAGUUACCACAUGGUGAAGUAUGCGGUACUAAUAUUUGUAAUAAUGAACUUGGCGAGGUAUGUAUUGCUGGAUCUCUUUGUGGUUGCACACACGGUGAGAAGCGUUCAUCGCCAACCGAUAUUUGUAGACCGGUGGAAGCUUGGAAUAUUGUUUUAUGGGUAAUGCGAAAAGAUGAUGAAAAAUUGAUGUACACGGAUAUUUUAGCAAAUCCACGACAUAUGGUUACCAAGGAACUUGUCAAACGAUUUGAAAAUGGCAUUGGACAGUGCUAUCCAAAUACUGCAUUAGCUGGUUCUUUUGUUACAGCUGAAGUUAAUGAAAUUAUGGAUCCAAUGAAUAUUAAUGCAACAUGGGAUCGAGGUAUUUUAUUUAAUUCAACUGUUUAUUUCCGAAAAGGUUCAGUACGACUACCAUCAGAUGUAUAUCAUAUGCUCAUUCGAUAUAUUAUGGAUCGAAAUAAUUAUCAAAUUGGACAAAGUGGCUUAUACAUUAAUAGUUAUCAAUCAGAUCCAUUUAAAGCAUGUUGGAAGAAUAAUUGUCAUCCGAAAGGAAUUUGCAUUGAUCUUGGACCGAAUGCUUAUCGUUGUGAAUGUGGACAAGGAUAUCGUGAUUUAAAUCCAUCGGAUCCUGGAAGACGAUGUUUACCUAAUACUGGUUAUAAUGAAUGUGAACGAAAAGAAGAUAAUGAAUGUUCUGAAAAUGCUCGUUGUAUUGAUCAGGAACAUUUAUAUAAAUGUGAAUGUUUACCAUCGUUUACUGAUGCAUCACCAAAAGAUGCAAUUGCUGGAAGUGUUUGUGUUUUGGAUUAUUGCUCAGAUGUAAAUUUCUGUCCAAGAAAUACGACAUGUAUGAAUGAGGAACAACAAGCAAUAUGUCAAUGUGAUCCGGGUUAUGUUGAUAUCCGGAAAAGUGAGAAAAGAACUCAAUUAUUUGAUCAGGAUAUUUUAUGUCUCAAAAUGCGUGAUAUUGAUGAAUGUGCUCUUGGAAUUACCAAUUGUUCAGGUGUUGCGGAAUGUGUUGACAAAGCUAUAGGCUAUGAAUGUCACUGUCCGGAAGGUUAUGUUGAUGGCAAUCCGGAAGAACCGGGAAGAGUUUGCGGUGCAUUACUUUGUGAUCUGUGCAAUUCACACGGUGAUUGUGUACACAAUGCUUUGACAAAUAAUAUCACCUGUGUGUGCAGUGAUGGUUGGUCUGGUGAAUUCUGUGAUGUGGCACCAUCGAAAGCUUCGAUGAUACUACUUGUUAUUCUGGCAGUUCUUUUCCUUCUACUAACACUUUGCUGUUUGCUAUAUUUCUGCACGAAAUGUAUCUGUUUCAAGCGUCAUAAUUUAUUGUAUCGUGAACCAUUCACAUAUCGCAAAGGUGCUUGGCCUUGGUCAACCCUAGAAGCAUCAACAUCAAGCGAAAGUGGUGCUGAUUUUUCAGCAAUGAGUGCCGCAGGUCAUGAAUAUUAUCCUGAAAUUGGUAUCCCACGUGCGAAACUAAAAUCUGGAAAUGGUAUGAUGGAUGAUCAGCAGCAUCGAUCGUUAGCCGUAUCAAGACUUCAUGACUAUCUCGAUGAUGGUAUGCGUAUUCCACGUGUACAUCUCGAUCGUGAUAAUGAUGCAUUUGAUUCUACGUCACAGUCAUCAAGCGAAUAUACCAUACGUGAAGAAAUUAAACGACACGUGAUCACUGAUGUUACAAGAAAAGAAACCAAAAAAACAUUAACCACUGCUGAUAUUCACGGCACUACCGCGGAAUUUCACGUAUAUCCACCAAUUGAAGUUACAACCGAAUCACAUUCAUCAUGCCAGGUUGGAACACAUAAUUCUAGUUCAUUGAUGGAUAAAGAUGAACAAGAAAGAGGUGAAAGUAUAGCAGAAUUUAGCAUUGGUAAUGCACGACGUGACUGGAAUACAACAACGAGUAGAAAUUGUGAAUUUAGUACGGAUCGUGAUUUGGAAUCAGUUAUUAGUGAUUCAAUAGCUGAAGAUGAAGUUUAUGAUAAGAAAACAUCAGUGAAACGAUCACAUAAUUUUGAACCAACUAUUGGAGGUGGUACUGAGCGCUAUCGGACCGAAAUUACUACAACGAAAUCAACAAAAGGAGUUUCAAAAUAUUAA